CGGGACGACACUGACUGCUGUCGGAAUUCAGGAGACUGCAACCCAUGGGGAAGUUUUAAUUUAUCUUGUACAGAUUGUUGGUGUGAGGAGUCGCAGCAGCAGGAAAGAUGAGCUGGGGGGCGCUGUAUGCCCAACUGGGUGGUGUGAACAAACACUCCACCAGUCUGGGAAAGAUCUGGCUGUCUGUACUCUUCAUCUUUCGCAUCACCAUCCUAGUGCUGGCCGCAGAGAGCGUGUGGGGCGACGAACAGUCUGACUUCACCUGUAACACUCAACAGCCUGGCUGCAAGAACGUCUGCUAUGACCACUUCUUCCCAGUGUCGCACAUUAGACUCUGGUGCCUUCAGCUUAUAUUUGUGUCCACUCCAGCUCUCAUGGUGGCCAUGCAUGUGGCCUAUCGCAGGCGGGGCGCUAAAAGAGACCUUAUGGCAACACAUGGGGACCAAAGCAAGGAAGACGAUUUGAAGAACAUCAAGAAUAAACGCCUGCCCAUCACUGGCCCUCUCUGGUGGACCUACACCUGCAGCCUGUUCUUCCGUCUCAUCUUUGAAGGUGGCUUCAUGUACGCUCUGUAUGUUGUCUACGGCGGGUUCGACAUGCCACGCUUGGUCAAAUGUGAGGUGUGGCCUUGCCCUAAUAAAGUGGACUGCUUUAUCUCGCGACCCACUGAGAAGACUGUUUUCACCUAUUUCAUGGUGGGAUCAUCUGCCAUAUGCAUGGUGCUCAACGUGGCCGAGUUGACCUACCUGAUCAUCAAGGCUUUGAUGAGAUGUUCGGAAAGACGCUCCAAGAGGAGGCGGGCUAACGGACGUCCGGAUAGCUUGACAAAAGACAAGGCUUUAUUCCAGAACCAACAGAAUGAAAUAUUACUCUCUGACUUGUCUCGUGACAAGACUGUGUGAUGACUGCAUCUCUCCAGAAGAGACACGAGAAACGUCACUGCAUUUCUUCUGAACGUAGAAUUUUUACAAGUGUUUCCUUAGUUCAAUGAUACCGAAGAAGUGCCUAAUUCUGUCUGUUCUCAUACACCAGAUGAUUUACUCCUGUCCAUUCCAAAAAAAAAAUGGUAGGGCCCGUGACACAGGUUGCUGGUACUGCAGUAUGGGUUUCUACUGAUGUGGACUUGAAUUAUUUAUGUUCCUGUGACAUUCCAAGUGUCAUGAUUGUAACCAUAGGUGAACUGUAGCACCAUUGACAUCUAGUGGUUGGCAACCACACAUUAAUACUAGCACCUAGUGGUCUAUUUGAUUUUCUCCAUUUUUUCCAACAUCUCUCUCCUCUCUCUCUCUC